UUGGCCCUCCUGGCAUUACCACUGUUUGGGCACAACAAAACGCACCUACUGACUGCCAAGACUGCCAUGAGUGCCAUAUGCCAAACUGCCAAUACAAAUAUCAAAAUAAUAAAACAAAAUCAUAUGAAGUAUUUGACCGUUAAAGAAGUUAAAGUUCAUUAGAAUAAUAGAAAAAGAAAAAACCUAAAAUAUAUACACUAUAUAGUAUAUACCCCAUUAUAAAAUGAGUAGAAGGAGGAAUCCUCGCCGUUCUGCAGCAUUUUUCACAAGUAGAAAUGUGUCUAUUGGCCCUGAAUCAAAUUCAUCUGACUUAUCUGAUGCUUCUGAUGGUGAUUUCAAUUUAUUAGAGAUACUUCUCAAUCUCCAUCGGACACGAAAUGCUCAAAAAACACGAAAACCGAGAAAACCCAAAAAAUCCACAACUGCUGCUCAUGGAGGUACAUCCAGUAUGGGAGGAAGAGGUGGCACAUCUUCAGGCAGAGGUUCCAAAACUCAAGGUAGAGGUGCUAGAAGUAGAGGCAGAGGGAUUGCAAGCCAAACACUGACUUCUACACAGGUUGGCUCUCAGGUUGGCCAUAGUAGUUGUGGAUCAACCCCUUUAGAUUGGGAGUCAGAUAUUGAGGUAAUUGAAGAAGAUGUCAAGGCUAUUCACCAAAAAGACAUUGAAAAUAGAGUUAAUACCUUCUUUAAAUCUGGAAACUUGAUGUCUGAUGAUGAAGAUGAUGAUUUAGGUCUUGCAAAGAUACCUGAUAAGCAACCCCCAAAAGAACCCAAAGAAUUUUAUCUGUUGUCAGAUUCAGAUGAUGAACAGCCCACAGUGAAAGAUAGUGUUACUUGUCCACAAACUGUUGAAAGUCAGCCUAAUCCUGUUGAAAUAAUUAGUAUAAACAAUGAUAAUGAUGAGCUGAUGGACAUAGUAGAUAAGAUUUUAGACUGUGAUGAUGUUCCACUAGAGGCAAGACUAGAGGUGACUAAUCAGCCAGAUAAGAGUUGGACAGAAUACAAAAGCAAAACAGAAGAAAUAUUAGGGAGUGUAAAUGCACUUCUAGGUGAAUUAGAAGAACCAAAAGAGAAAAAAGAGAAGGUUGUUCAGAAAUCACCAGAAAAAUCAAAACCAUCUUGUCCAAUUUGUCUGGAGAUGUUAGGUGGAGAUGUUGUAGCAGCUUCCACUAUGUGUGGCCACAUAUUCUGCCAUGAUUGUAUCAAAAAAGUAGCACAAACUUCAAAGACUUGUCCAACCUGUAGGAAACGUGUAAAUCUCAAGCAAAUCCACCCUUUAUACUUAUAGA